ACUCCACAAGCCUACGUCCCUGGCUCUCCAACGCGUAAAACGGAUCAAUCCACACACGAUUCUAUCAAGCGGAAUAUGAAUCACCCACUCUAUCGUAGCCUAGUUGACGAAAUUUAAAUACGAUCACGAGGUCACUAUAUAAGAGAGGACAGUAAGAAAAAAAACAUAUACCAAGUUCUCAUUGAGGUGAAGUUAUAGGGAGAAAGUUAAAGGAGCGCGAGAACUUCACACAGUGUUCGACAUGGAGAGGUCCGUUAAACUUGCUUUAGUAAUUGUAGCUAUUUCCAUGCUGGUUUCUUGCAACCCAACCGAAGCGUGGUACAAGCAAGUUUCCGGCCCAAGCUACUACUCGGUGGGCAGAGCUUCGGGUUUGCUGUCCGGGAUCCGGAGAUCACCAUAUGUUAGGAGGUCCGAGACCGAUUCGGUGGCGGACAGCGGAGAGUCUACGGUGAACAGCAUCCUCUCGGAACCGAGCAGUCGACUGAAUUCGGUCCUUAAAUCUAUGCCUAUUUGUAUCAAAGAGAUCACACCGAAUCUGCAGAGCUGCGAACUUGUUCAGGAUGGUUCAAGGUUAUUUCAAUGUAAAGCAGACGUGUUCGUAUCGCUUGACUCAUUGGACUGUGUGGAAGCAUGAUCAGCACCGCGAACGUGGAUGGAACCGAAUGUUUCUUAUUUUCACAAAUAUGGCACAAAUGUUUUGUGUGAAAGUCUGUUUUAGCAUACUGUCAUGCGCAGUCUGACUACCCCUUCCCCUAACGGGUAAUAGCCAAUGUGUCUGUUAAAUCAUAUUAUGUAAUGCAUAGCAAUGUACAUAUGUAUUAAUUUCUUUGUUUAAUGAAUAAAUACAUCUUAUAUUGCACUCAAA